GUGGUCACGUGACGCGCUCCAACAUGGCGGCGCCGUGGGGCCGCGGCGUCGCUUCCUGACUGGGCGGCGCGGACCGACGCGGCCGGUGCCGGCCGGGACGCCGGGCCCGCGGCCUCGUUCGCCCGCUCGCUCGCGCCGCCCGCCCGCGGGGCUGCCAGCCCCCACCGGGCCGGGGCCAUGCAGGAAAGCCAGACCAAGAGCAUGUUCGUGUCCCGGGCCCUGGAGAAGAUCCUAGCCGACAAGGAGGUGAAGCGGCCCCAGCACUCCCAGCUGCGCAGGGCCUGCCAGGUGGCGCUCGAUGAGAUCAAAGCAGAAAUAGAAAAGCAGAGGCUUGGCGCAGCUGCACCACCAAAGGCAAACUUCAUUGAAGCUGACAAGUAUUUCCUUCCAUUCGAGCUAGCUUGCCAAUCCAAGUCUCCACGAGUGGUCAGCACGUCCCUCGACUGCUUGCAGAAACUCAUCGCUUAUGGGCACAUCACCGGCAAUGCCCCCGACAGCGGAGCCCCAGGGAAGCGGCUGAUCGACAGGAUUGUUGAAACCAUUUGCAAUUGUUUUCAGGGCCCACAGACCGAUGAAGGGGUUCAGUUACAAAUAAUUAAGGCUCUUCUGACCGCAGUGACUUCCCCACACAUUGAAAUUCACGAAGGCACUAUCCUGCAGACAGUGAGGACAUGUUACAAUAUCUAUUUGGCCAGCAAAAAUCUCAUCAAUCAAACCACUGCCAAGGCUACCCUUACUCAGAUGCUCAACGUCAUUUUCACCCGCAUGGAAAACCAAGUGUUGCAGGAGGCCAGAGAAUUGGAAAAACCAGUCCAGUCGAAACCCCAGUCCCCUGUGAUCCAAGCUGCAGCAGUAUCCCCAAAGUUCAGUCGUUUGAAGCAGAGCCAGGCACAAAGCAAACCGACAACUCCUGAAAAAACAGAUUUAACCAACGGUGAACAUGCCAAGAGUGAUUCUGGAAAAGUGAGCUCAGAAAAUGGAGAUUCGCCCAGAGAAAGAGGCCCGUCACUAUCAGGGACUGAUGAAGGUGCCCAGGAGGUGGUGAAGGACAUCUUAGAGGAUGUAGUCACAUCCGCCGUUAAAGAAGCAGUGGAAAAGCAUGGUCUGACAGAACCUGAGAGGGUUCUAGGCGAACUGGAGUGCCAGGAAUGUGCUGUUCCCCCAGGAGUGGAUGAAAACUCACAGACCAACGGGAUAGCCGACGACAGGCAGUCCUUGUCGUCAGCGGAUAAUCUGGAAUCAGACACCCAAGGACAUCAAGUGGCUGCUAGGUUCUCUCACAUUCUGCAGAAGGAUGCCUUCCUCGUGUUUCGCUCCCUGUGCAAGCUGUCCAUGAAACCCCUUGGUGAAGGCCCCCCAGAUCCAAAAUCCCAUGAGCUGCGUUCCAAGGUGGUUUCCCUGCAGCUGCUCCUCUCCGUGUUGCAAAAUGCUGGCCCAGUGUUCAGGACUCACGAGAUGUUCAUCAACGCAAUCAAGCAAUAUCUCUGUGUGGCCUUGUCCAAAAAUGGCGUCUCUUCAGUGCCUGAUGUCUUUGAGCUCUCUCUCGCCAUUUUUCUUACUCUUCUUUCAAACUUUAAAAUGCACUUGAAAAUGCAGAUAGAGGUCUUUUUCAAGGAGAUAUUCCUGAACAUUUUAGAAACAUCAACAAGUUCUUUUGAGCACAGGUGGAUGGUCAUUCAGACUCUGACAAGGAUCUGUGCAGAUGCCCAGUGUGUUGUGGAUAUCUAUGUCAACUACGACUGUGAUUUAAAUGCUGCUAACAUUUUUGAGCGCCUUGUAAAUGAUUUAUCCAAAAUCGCUCAGGGAAGAAGUGGACAUGAGCUGGGAAUGACACCUCUGCAGGAGCUCAGCCUGAGGAAGAAAGGCCUGGAGUGCCUUGUGUCCAUUCUCAAGUGCAUGGUGGAAUGGAGCAAAGACCUAUAUGUGAAUCCCAACCACCAGACCAGCCUCGGUCAGGAGAGGCUCACGGAUCAGGAAAUGGGGGAUGGGAAAAGCCUUGACAUGGCGAGACGGAGCAGCGUGACAUCUAUGGAGUCCACGGUGUCCUCGGGGACCCAGACAACCGUUCAGGAUGACCCGGAGCAGUUUGAGGUCAUCAAGCAACAAAAGGAAAUCAUUGAACAUGGCAUUGAGUUGUUCAACAAGAAACCCAAGAGGGGGAUCCAGUAUCUCCAGGAGCAGGGCAUGCUGGGAACGUCGGUGGAAGACAUUGCCCAAUUCCUGCACCAGGAAGAGCGCCUCGAUUCUACCCAAGUAGGUGAUUUUCUGGGAGACAGCACAAGGUUCAACAAGGAGGUGAUGUAUGCCUACGUGGACCAACUUGACUUCUGUGAAAAGGAAUUUGUUUCAGCCCUGCGGACAUUCCUAGAAGGUUUCCGCCUACCUGGGGAAGCCCAGAAGAUUGACCGGUUAAUGGAGAAGUUUGCCGCAAGAUACAUAGAGUGCAACCAAGGGCAAACUCUGUUUGCUAGUGCCGACACUGCGUACGUCCUAGCGUAUUCAAUUAUUAUGCUCACUACAGACUUGCACAGUCCUCAGGUAAAAAACAAAAUGACAAAAGAGCAGUAUAUUAAAAUGAAUCGCGGUAUCAAUGAUAGUAAAGAUCUACCAGAAGAGUAUCUCUCGAGCAUCUAUGAAGAGAUAGAAGGCAAGAAAAUUGCAAUGAAAGAAACAAAAGAGCAUACGAUUGCAACCAAAUCUACUAAGCAGAAUGUAGCUAGUGAAAAGCAGCGGCGGCUACUGUACAAUCUGGAGAUGGAGCAAAUGGCUAAAACAGCCAAAGCUCUGAUGGAGGCUGUGAGCCAUGCCAAAGCCCCGUUUACAAGCGCCACUCACUUGGACCAUGUCCGGCCAAUGUUCAAACUGGUGUGGACGCCACUGUUGGCAGCCUACAGCAUUGGACUACAGAACUGUGAUGACACUGAAGUAGCCUCACUGUGCUUAGAAGGCAUCAGAUGUGCAAUCCGAAUUGCCUGCAUCUUUGGAAUGCAGCUGGAACGAGAUGCCUAUGUUCAGGCUCUUGCUCGCUUCUCCCUGCUCACAGCCAGCUCCAGCAUCACCGAAAUGAAGCAGAAGAACAUCGACACCAUAAAGACGCUUAUUACAGUGGCUCACACCGACGGCAACUACCUGGGGAAUUCCUGGCAUGAGAUCUUGAAAUGCAUCAGCCAGCUGGAGCUUGCUCAGCUGAUAGGAACCGGCGUGAAGACCCGCUACCUGUCUGGGUCUGGGCGAGAAAGAGAAGGGAGCCUGAAGGGCCACACGUUGGCAGGAGAAGAGUUCAUGGGCCUCGGCCUUGGUAAGAUACCAGGCCCCAUGGCUGGCCAUCACGGAUUCUAUCUUCCUAGAAUUUUUACUGGAUCUACCAGAUUGGAUGGAAAUGCAAUAGUUGACUUUGUCCGCUGGCUGUGUGCUGUGUCUAUGGAUGAACUGGCUUCCCCCCACCAUCCUCGCAUGUUCAGCUUGCAGAAGAUUGUGGAGAUAUCAUAUUAUAACAUGAAUCGGAUCCGACUGCAGUGGUCCCGAAUAUGGCAUGUCAUUGGAGAUCACUUCAAUAAGGUUGGCUGUAACCCCAAUGAAGAUGUGGCUAUCUUUGCUGUUGACUCAUUAAGGCAACUCUCCAUGAAGUUUCUUGAGAAGGGUGAAUUAGCCAACUUCCGUUUCCAGAAAGAUUUUCUCAGGCCGUUUGAGCAUAUUAUGAAGAAAAACAGGUCUCCGACCAUCCGGGACAUGGUGAUCCGCUGCAUUGCCCAGAUGGUGAACUCCCAGGCAGCGAACAUCCGCUCAGGCUGGAAGAACAUUUUCGCCGUGUUCCACCAGGCAGCCUCUGAUCACGAUGGGAACAUUGUGGAGCUGGCCUUCCAGACCACGGGCCACAUUGUCACAACUAUUUUCCAGCACCAUUUCCCUGCAGCCAUCGAUUCCUUCCAGGACGCUGUGAAGUGCUUGUCGGAGUUCGCCUGCAACGCUGCUUUCCCCGACACGAGCAUGGAAGCCAUCCGGCUCAUCCGCUUCUGUGGGAAAUACGUCUCCGAGAGGCCUCGGGUGCUGCAAGAAUACACAAGUGAUGACAUGAAUGUAGCUCCUGCCGACAGAGUCUGGGUCCGAGGCUGGUUCCCCAUCUUAUUUGAGCUCUCCUGCAUCAUUAAUAGAUGCAAGUUAGACGUACGGACAAGAGGACUCACAGUCAUGUUUGAGAUCAUGAAGAGCUAUGGCCAUACCUUUGAAAAGCACUGGUGGCAGGACCUGUUCAGAAUCGUGUUUCGGAUUUUUGACAAUAUGAAGCUUCCUGAGCAACAGUCAGAGGUGCUGCAAGAAUACACAAGUGAUGACAUGAAUGUAGCUCCUGCCGACAGAGUCUGGGUCCGAGGCUGGUUCCCCAUCUUAUUUGAGCUCUCCUGCAUCAUUAAUAGAUGCAAGUUAGACGUACGGACAAGAGGACUCACAGUCAUGUUUGAGAUCAUGAAGAGCUAUGGCCAUACCUUUGAAAAGCACUGGUGGCAGGACCUGUUCAGAAUCGUGUUUCGGAUUUUUGACAAUAUGAAGCUUCCUGAGCAACAGUCAGAGAAAUCUGAGUGGAUGACAACAACCUGCAAUCAUGCACUUUAUGCUAUUUGUGACGUAUUUACCCAGUUUUAUGAAGCUUUGAAUGAAGUUCUUCUUUCUGAUGUGUUUGCACAAUUGCAGUGGUGUGUAAAACAAGAUAAUGAACAAUUGGCUCGAUCAGGUACAAAUUGUUUAGAAAACUUAGUAAUAUCCAAUGGAGAGAAAUUCAGCCCUGAUGUUUGGGAUGAAACGUGCAACUGUAUGUUGGAUAUUUUCAAAACAACUAUCCCGCAUGUUUUGCUGACAUGGAGACCUGUAGGAAUGGAGGAAGAUUCAUCAGAAAAACAUUUGGAUGUGGAUCUGGACCGCCAGUCUUUAAGCAGCAUAGAUAAAAAUGCCUCUGAAAGAGGCCAGAGCCAGCUCUCUAACCCAACAGAUGACAGCUGGAAGGGCAGACCAUAUGCAAAUCAGAAACUGUUUGCCAGCCUCCUCAUCAAGUGUGUGGUCCAGCUGGAACUGAUACAGACCAUUGACAACAUCGUGUUCUACCCGGCGACAAGCAAAAAGGAGGAUGCAGAGCACAUGGUUGCUGCCCAGCAAGACACACUGGAUGCAGAUAUCCACAUAGAGACGGAGGAUCAGGGCAUGUAUAAGUAUAUGUCUUCCCAGCACCUCUUCAAGCUGUUGGACUGCUUGCAGGAGUCCCAUUCAUUCUCAAAGGCCUUCAACUCCAAUUACGAGCAGCGUACUGUCCUCUGGCGGGCAGGUUUUAAGGGCAAAUCUAAACCCAAUCUUCUAAAACAAGAAACCAGCAGCCUGGCCUGUUGUUUGAGGAUCCUGUUCCGAAUGUAUGUCGAUGAGAACCGCAGGGAUUCCUGGGAAGAAAUACAGCAGCGCCUUUUAACUGUGUGCAGUGAAGCUCUUGCCUAUUUCAUCACGGUGAAUUCUGAAAGCCAUCGGGAGGCCUGGACAAGUCUCCUGUUGUUACUUCUAACUAAAACCCUCAAAAUAAAUGAUGAAAAGUUCAAAGCACAUGCUUCAACGUACUACCCCUACUUGUGUGAGAUUAUGCAGUUUGACUUGAUCCCUGAGCUCCGAGCAGUUCUGCGGAAGUUCUUCCUCCGGAUAGGUGUUGUGUAUAAGAUAUGGAUUCCAGAAGAGCCAUCGCAGGUACCAGCAACACAGUCUUCAAUAUGGUAGCCCUGGCCCCUCUGGGCCACUGCUGCAGCUCUGCAGAAUGUUCAUCAUGCCAUCUCUGACUGGCACAUCUUGGGAAGGGUCAUAGAAACAAAGAGUAGGCAUCUUGGAUCUCAGAAUGGCCGGGAUAAGGAUGGCCUCUAUGCUGGUCCCAUCACAGUCCCCGACUAAGGCUUGUGGUAUUUUAUUAAACUGUUGCGUACCCAGUUAACACAGCCUUGAGAAAUGUUUGGUUUUGGCCAGCAGAACUCUCGUCUACUUUUUUCUUCAUCUCUGUCAUUCCAUUUUACUGAUUAAACUGUCAAAUCUGUCAUUGCAAAUGUCAUCAUUUUCUAGCAAAGUCCCAUGAUUGGCUAUAAAUGUUUUGUCAGAAGAAGUCACUCUCCUUGAAAAUCCUGAACAUAGUUGUAUAGGUUCGUGAUUAUUAGAGAGUAUGUUAAUAAAAUUUCUUAAAACGGCUAACUGCCAUCUAAAAUAUGCUGGGGUUUUUUGUUGUUGUUUGAGUGUGUUAGAGAAGUUUGAGUGUUUUUGUCAGUUAUGAGUCAGUGGUAGUUAGAUUAGUUUGGGGAAAGGUAGGGAAAGGAAGCGUUGUUUUCUGUGUUUUGUUAAUGUCCAAGUGAUUUUUAAAGUAUUUUACAAAAAGAUAUUAUUGAAGAUUUGAUUGAAGGCAGAGUUUAGUAAUUAAGUUAGAAUUUAGAGCUCACAAGGUUAAAAACAAAUGUAGUGCCCUGUGGCGCUCCCUGUUUUAGUGACUUGGGGAGGACAAGUCUAUAGGAAAAAGUAAACAAUUUAAUGAAGAUGAUUAGCCUUCCUUGAAGUAAGUAUUUGUGGAUGGGUAUUAAAUUAAAAUUUCCAGAAUACAUUGUCCAUCUCACAUACUCUGAAAUCUAAUAUAUGAAGUAGUAGUAAAAAUGAAGUAGUAAUUUAACCAGAGUUCAUUUAUCUUUGAGUAAACCUUUUUAUUUUUACCUCAGAAGAGUGUACUGAUGGUUAGUAGCGCUGCUUUGCACAGUCCCCAUUACAGGGCCCUGGAGGUAGGGACAGUAACUGUGCAUGAGAAGACCUGCUCCUGUGAACUUCCUCAGCCAGAUGUCCUGCAUGGAACCAGCGCUGUCCUGGGGCCAGCACAGCUGAACUGUGACAACGGCAAGGAGAUGGCGUGUGCCCAGCAUGUCUGUUCAUUUGAGCCUAGGAGCUGAAUUCUUUGGCAGGGUUAGAUUCUGAGGUCCUUAUUAUGUUAAUGAUGGUGCAAUACUCUAAACUGCAGUAGAACUGAAUUCUGAUGCAGCUUGUGUAAAAGUGGGCAGUAUGCAAGUACAGCCCGAAGCCUGCAAGCAGUGUAUUUGGAAGCUUAAUUUAUUCUGAGUCCAUGAGAAAGAGAACACAUACAUCAUCCUCUGCCCUCAUCCGCUGCUUGCCCAGAGCAGACGGAGCGUUAGAAGUGUUACACAGAGUGAUUGAAACAUUCAGACUUCUACCUACACUCUUUAGUCCUGUAAAUUGGGUUGUAUUGAUGUCAACUCUGGUGCCUUAGAAGUUAGUAGUUUGGGAACCUAUCUGUAAGUAAGAUCGGAUAUUUUUUCUUUCUAGAGAAGGAUUUCUGGUGCUUUUGCUUGCUAAGAGACCAAUUUCUUAUGUUUGUUUUGUUUUUGUUUUUAACAGCCUUGAGAAACGUUUGGUUUUAGCCAGCAGAACUCUUGUCUACUUUUUUCUUUCCCAAAAAGUAUUUUAAUUUCUCUACCAAAGAAAAAAAAAGCAGGUUUAAGUUUUUACAUUAUUUACAUACAUUGGAUAAGAGGAGCUAUAUAAUUUAGCAGGAAAGAACUAUGGGAGAAUAUUUGUGAAUGGCAAACGUUAGCACAUUGGACUUAACUUGUCCUGGAAUCCGUUACAUCUUUACACUGCACCGGGAAACCUGCUUUCCCUAGUAUCAUAGUUUAUCACAACCUCAAAAAGUCAGUCAUCUCUCUCCAUUGAUUUUUGUACUAAAGGUAUAAAUGGGGAAUAUGCAUGUCCAUUCAUUAAGUACAUCUUGCAUACAGCUAUAUCCCUGAUUAAGUGAUUUUUCCUUUCCCUCUGAUGUUCUCAUAUGGCAUUUUCUUCAUCAAAUGUGACUACAAGAUUUUUUGAGUGUAUUCUUGCCGUCUCUUUAAUUUUUGCCUCUUGCAGGGUAGGGAAUGUGUCAGUACAUUUUAUUACUUGCUGAAACAUUCAGGCUUGAAUUUCUUAAUUUUGUCUUUUCAAAGAUUUAAUUUUCUGAAUGAGGCAUUUUAAUUGUACCAGCAAUGGACUUUUAAAAAACUGGAUAUAAAACCAUUCAGGGUAAUUCUUCUUGUCAGCAGACAGUGACGAACAGAGGAAAUUUUUCCAGUAAUAAGCCAUUCCGCCUAAAUUCUUUUUUGUGAAUAAAUCUGUUCUUUCUCAUGGUAAAUGUGGCUUGUGCCACUCAAACGCAAGUGAAAAGGGUGUGUGCGACUCCGCAACAUCGAGCCAGGACACCAUUCAUUGAACAGAGUUAUGGAGGAGAGUGAAGCAUUUUCCAAGGCCUUAUUUCUUUUUCAGAAUGCUUUAAGUGUUGAUUAUAUGUUCUGGGUCUCUAGAGAAGUUUUUAUUUGUUGUAAUACUACUACUUUGAGCAAUUUUUUCUUCAUUGUCUGUUAGGGAAAUCACCAGCUCUGGCAUCUUAACAACAAACCAUGGAUGGGAAAUUUUAUUUCUAAUAUGCAUCUUUACAGUCAAAUACACCUUUUCCCUGUACUUCUCACAUAUAACCAAAGAACAUACAUUGUGAAAAUUGUAUAAUAAUAUCUGGAAACACAACAUUUUCCUCUGACAGGUGACUUUUGUAC